UUGCGCAGUCGCAGAUUGCCUUACAAAAUCGGUUAUAACGACAGAUUUACCUGGCAAAUACAGUUGGCAAAAUAGGUUUGUUAUGUGACAUUUGAGUUUCUUCUUUCGUUAAAAAUUAUCAAUGAUGGGAAAGGACUAUUACAAAGUUCUUGGUUUAGCCAAGACGGCAACAGAAGAUGAAAUUAAGAAAGGAUAUCGUAAAAUGGCUUUGAAAUAUCAUCCAGACAAAAAUAAAUCACCAGGUGCCGAGGAAAAAUUCAAGGAGAUUGCAGAGGCAUAUGAUGUAUUGAGUGACAAAGACAAAAAGGAAAUAUAUGAUAAGUACGGUGAAGAAGGUUUGAAAAACGGGCCAUCACCAAGUGGCGGACCCGGAGGCCCUGGUGGAACUUACCACUACGAGUUCCAGGGUGACCCAAGAGAAACCUUUAAAAUGUUUUUCGGUGACAAUGACCCUUUUGCCAGCUUUUUCGGUGGCGGAGGAGGCCAGCCUGGUGGACCUGGGGCACGUGUAUUUCAUUUUGGACCAGGUGGUGGUGGUCAUCAUGAAAAUAUGGAUAUAGACGAUGAUCCUUUCGGUGGUGGAUUUCAUGGGUUCCCAGGGUCAGGGGGACAAGCUGGUUUACCCAGAAGGAAAAGGAAAGAUUCAGCAGUUGUGAGAGAACUUCCAAUAGCGCUUGAAGAUAUCUGUAAAGGUACAACAAAAAAACUAAAAAUUACAAGAAAAGUGCUCAAUGCAGAUGGUCGAACAACAAGAAACGAAGACAAAAUAUUGACAAUAGAUAUAAAGCCUGGAUGGAAAUCUGGCACAAAAGUGACAUUUCCCAAAGAGGGAGAUCAGACUCCAAACAAUAUACCAGCAGAUGUUGUGUUCAUUAUUAAAGACAAACCACAUUCUUCUUUUACCAGAGAUGGUUCUGAUAUCAAAUAUAAAGCAAAGAUUACACUAAGAGAUUCCUUGUGUGGAGCCACAUUACAGAUACCAACCAUCGACGGUAGGAGGAUACCAUUGCGUUUAACGGAAGUGAUAAAACCAAACUCUGUCAAAAGAAUUCAGGGAGAAGGACUUCCACUUCCUAAACAACCCUCAAGGAGAGGGGACCUAAUUAUAGAAUUUGACGUUACUUUCCCUAGUCAAUUGUCACAAAGUGCUAAAGAAAUUCUUUCAGACUGUCUACCACGAUCAUAGAAUAUUAAUUAUUUAAUUAAAGUUAUUAAUUAGAAACUGUGAAAUCAACAAGUCAUUGUUCGAGAAAAUUGUGUCGAUGAACUUGAAAACAUUCUCAUUUUCUAUGUACUAGAAUUUUAUCAUCUUUAAAAAACUAUGAUUCUAGAUAAAAGUUUGUAGUGUUAUCAUUGUUUAUGAUUAUUUAUCUAGACAAGAUGUACGAACCUACAGGGGAUAAGAUAAGUUUUGUAGGUGUAUUUUUCAUGUUCUUUGGAGCACAGCCAGUUAAGUAGUGCGAUGAUUCAUGCAUGUAUUUACAUUAAUACUUUGUACCUAUACAAAAGAAUCAGAAGUUAAAUAGCCAUGAUUAAUUAGAACAUCAUGAACUGGUUUGUAGGGGGAAGUCCAGUUGUGCUAUAAAUAGUGUAGUUGUGACUGUAAUGAAAAGAAAGUUUAACAUGCAUGCAGGAUUAAUUUAUUACUUUAAACAUCAGGAUGUACAUGUUAACUGUAGCAAAUACAGGAAAAAAAUCAGGAUAGGGUCAUGUAAUAUGUGUUAAAUAAAUACAUACAUCUUAUUUCUUUAUUUUUUUGCUUUUUGAAUACAUGUAGGGUUUGAAAGUGAUUAAUGAAAUUUAAAACAUACGUGUACAUGUAUAACUGUACAAGUAUAAAACAAAUGAAGGUCUUUGGAGUUACAUUUGUAUUUUGUUCAAUUCAAUAUUUUAUUUUAUUUCAUAUUGUAUUGUAUUGUAUGAUCUUCCAUUGUAAUAUUAUAUAUGGAUAAUUUAAACUCCCAAAAAGAAUUACUCCUUGUGUAAAAGAAAUAUAAGUUUAAAUUAUCCAUUGUGUGGUGACCAGAUCUACAAAUUUUGUAUCAAGCUGUUCUUUCCCCUAAGGCCAAAACAGAUAACAUUGUUAUGAUUGUAUGGUAGUUUCUUGCAUUAUUAUUAAAAAUUUUGAAUAAUUUAAUUGUUAUACAAUUCAGUCUGGUAAUGUUUAUAAUAAAAAUGCAAAAAGGAUUUUAAAGUACAAUUUUACUAUUUGAAUUUGCAACAUGAUGACACGAACAUGGGUAAACUUAAUAUUAAAAAAUUAAUGACCUGCCAGUGCAAAUAUACAUUUGGUACAUGUACAGUUAUACUUGCAGCUUACUAUUAUAUCAUAUGAGCCUAGCUUAUUUUUCAUUGGCAGAUCCAGGGGGGGGGGGAGUUGGAACCCUACCCCCCUUUUUUUGCCAAUCAAUGCAUUUGAAUGGGGACAUAUAGUUGGAACCCCCCCUUUGUCCUGGGUUGGGAACUCCCCUUUUGAAAAUGGCUGGAUCCGCCCCUGUUGUUGCAGGUUGUAAGAAGAUCUAUUACAGUAGCUUACAUCCAGGUCCUUUCUCUCUGUCAUGUCGGUUGAAUAGCAAUUGAUUGGCAAUUAUUCCACACACAAUUCAGUGCUCCAAUUUUCAUACAUGUAAGGACAUGUAAACUAUGUUAAAGGUCGUAAACUUGUAUUAUUAUAUGAAACUGUUAUUUAGACUUGAUUUAAUUUUUAGAAAAUCACAAGUCUUCUUUUGAAAUUUUAAAGUGUAGUAUGUAAUACUCUCUUAACAAAAUAUUAUGGUAAAGGAACUGUUUAAAUACUAGUCAACUGUAGGUCAUUGUAGUAGCAUUGCCUUUGUUCAGUAUGUAAACUGUCAAAUUAUUUAAAAUUUAAGCUCCUUAUGUCCAUAACCUGGGUAGGUCAGACAAUAAAAUUUAAAUGUCCAUUCAUGCAAUAGUCACAACUUGACUGAAAAUUUUAACGAAGUACCACAAUUAGAUUAAAAUUUGGUUAAUGGCCAUCCUACAUUGUUUAUUAUGUUUUAUAUUGGUAUACAUGGUUAACCUUCCCUUGGAUAAAGAGUGAUGAAUUAUUUCUGAAAGACACUAAAAUAGAUGUUCUUUUUAUAAAGCACCAAAUUUAUCAUUCAUAAAUACUUUUUUCUUUUCCCAAAACAGAUUUUCUGUCUUCAUUCUCUGCAUUCUUGCUAAAAAUAUAUAAAAUGUACUUGUUGAAAAAAGAUAAGUACACUAGUACUAAUAUAUUAACUGUAAAAAUAGCAAAAACCUUUUCUCAACCUUUAAUGAUAAUAGGAUUGAUAAAAGGCAUGCUGCUGUUAAACUUAACAUUUAUUGGGGAUGGCCUUAAAAAAGGAUUGUUCACAAGAUUUGUUGUGUUGCUUAAUUAAGCAGCUUAUAUAAGGAUAAUUGAUGAUAUCUACAAAUGUUUUGUUGUUACAUGUUUGUGUAUGAUUGUUUAGUAGUAUAUGUUGCCAAUAAUAUUGGCGAGGGAGUCGAUGAUGUUAUUGUUUAUGAGUUGGUGUAUAUGUGUGGUUGAGGUAUGCACUUGGAAAAUGAAAAAAUGCAUCUGCGUGAAAUUGCUCAUACUAUUUGCAAUCCAUUAAUAAAAAUAUUAUAUAUUUAA